UUUGUAAACAUCCAUGUAACUAAUCACGUGCGAUUAUUUAAGCAUAAAACGUAGGUUUAGUAAACAUCCUGGUUGAACCGAACAAUGGAAGAAGGGUGCUAAUCGAGAAUAUUAGGGCAUUUGGUUAUUGUUAAAAUGAAAUUACGGACCUAUUUAUGGGGAAAUAUAUUAGUGGUAGUAUUCUUAACGACGGUCAUGUGUGCUAAAAAUUCAGAUGAAUCUAAUAAGCCUGAAAUUGCCAGAACUGGUAAAACGAAACGACAAAAAAUGGUGCAAAACUCUGCUGUAGGCACUUUAUCAAAUGUUAUAACACAAAUUCAAAAUCUACCAAACAUGGACAUGGGUAGAAGAUUCCAAACGCCUUGCAAGACUGGCAAUAAAUGUGGAAAGGUAAUAAAACGUUUAAUGGUGCCAAAAUUAGCUCAAUUAGAAAAUACGAUAAUGGGUAUAAUGAAAGAGCUCUCCAAACUGCCACCGGGUUCCCGCCUUCCGGACAAAUAUACAAAAACGGAACCGAUCAAGUUACUUCUGGAUCAAAAUUACAAAGAGGACGUAUGUAUGGAUAAACUGGAAUCUUGUUUGAAAGAAGAUAAGCGACGAAAGCGCAUCUUAAAGAAGCUCUUCUUCAAGAAAUACAAUUCGAUACGACAAGAAUUGAUCGGCUAUGGCGGCCGGAGGCUUUGGGGCGGCGAAGGGAAUUUAUUCUAUAGAUAGUUGCAAUAAAGUU